GCAUCGUGGACCCGGUGCGAACAGAAAUGAGGGAUGCGCGGCUGGGAUUGGGCAAGCAGGAGGAGGAGGAGUGGUAUACGGCAGAGGAGAACGUGCAGAGAAAGAAGCUUGAGAUAGAGGUGGAGGAGACAGAAGAGAUAGCAAAGAAGAGAGAGGAGGAGGCAGAUCGGGUGGAAAAAAUCCGGGCAGAUGUGAAGGAGAUUCAGAAGGUGUUUCUGUGUGAGCUGUGCAACAAGCAGUACAAGCUGGCGAGCGAGAUGGAGAUGCACCUCAGCAGCUACGACCACAACCACAAGAAGCGCUUCCAAGAGACCAAGAAGAUGCAGCAGCAGGGGGUGCGGGAUGAGAGGCAGCGCAGGGAGCAGCUGAGGGAGGAGAAGGAGCUUGCGAGAUACGCCAAGCUUGUGGAGGCCCAGAAGCAACAGCAGCAGCAGCAGCAGCAGCAGCCGACAGGAGUGGUGCGAGCAGCAGCAUCUGUAGAAGCAGGCGGGGCAUCAGCUGUGUCAGCAGCACCCCGUCCAACCGCAACGACUUCAGCUAUUCCCGCUGAUCGCUCUGCCCUCAAAUUCGGCAUCUCAAUGAAGGCCAAACCAGGGGCCGCAAAGAAGGGAGGCGGUAUGGCAACAGGAUUGGACGGUGGGGAUUCGCCAGAAAGAGCGUUCAAGAUGGAGGGCUAUGAGAAUUUCGAGGAAGUUUCGUUUCGUUCCCCCCCGGGUGGUCUUGUGUUCGAACCUCUUAGUGAGGAUGAGGAAGAGGACGAAGAAGAGGACGAAGAAGAGGGGGGGAGUCGGGGUGGGAGCGAGAGAGUGUCUAUGGGUGAAGAGGAGGGGGAGGGGAUGCAGGAGAGGGGGAAGGGAAGAGUGAGGGAGAUAGAGAGAGAGGAGGAGGUGGUUUGUGAAGACGAGGAUUGGGAAAACUCGGAGGGGAGUGUCAGUGGAGGAGAUAGUGAGGGAGUGAGUGAGGUAGUGCGUGAGGGGGUGAGAGAGAUAGUGCGUGGGGGAGUGAGGGAGGAAGGGGUGGUGAUGUGUGAGGAGGAGUGUGUGGCAUGUGAACUGGCAGUGAAGCAAAUGAGAGGAGGGAAAUCGUCCACGUGGCACAGAUUCACUGGCUUCUGGGCCUCGAAAAAGAAAGCUCCAGAUUCCUCUACCAGCCAGAUCAGCAUGGAAAACGAGCGGGUGAUGAAAAAUGAGAAGAGCAAUGUAGAAAGGGGAGUAAGGAGGGGUGGGAAGGGGUGCUUAUGGCGGUUAAGGGGGGGUAGGGGAAAGCAGAGAGGAAGGGAGAAUGGUUCACCUGAAAUACCCGAAUCAUCUGAAAUACCUGAGGCACCUGAAUCACCUGAGGCACCUGAAUCACCUGAGGCACCUGAAUCACCUGAGGCACCUGAAUCACCCGAGGCACCUGAAUCACCCGAGGCACCUGAAUCGCCCGAGGCACCUGAAUCGCCCGAAUCACCUGAGGCAGGAGACUUACGGCACGGAGUGGGGGGCUUGCAGCGGGUGGGUGUGUGGGAGAGCUCUGAGACGCCUGAGGGGGGAGGGUCUGGGGGCGAGAGGGCGUCGGAUGGAGUGAUAGAGGGAUUGGGAGAGGGAGUGGGAGAGGGUCUGGGGGGAUUGGGAGAGGGGGUGGGAGAGAGGCUGGAAGAGGGUUUACAGGGGAAUCUGAUUUCAAACAGUGGGGUGCUCAUGCAGAUGUACCCGGAGCUUCCUGGAAGGUGCGAAGCCGUGGCAAGCCCUAGUGGUCCCGUAGGGGGAGGGGCCUGGGGCGGAGGAGGAACUGGCGUUGGUGCUGAUGCUGACGUGGCAGCAGGCAGUGGUGCUGCUGCUCACAUAGCAGCACGAGGUGGUCUUGCUGCGGCUGAUGCGACUGGUGCCAGUGGUGCUGAUGCUGGUGCUUCUACAGCACCAAGAGGUGGUGGUUCUAUCGCUCCCCUCCCCUCCCGGCCUCCUAGGUUGCUGGCGGUGCUGAGUGUGGACGGCGGGGGAGUGAGGGACGCCAUUCCCACGCAGAUCUGUGUUCGUCUUGAAGAGAUGCUGCAGGAGCGGUGCGGCGAUCCGAAUGUGCGACUGGCGGAUUUCUUCGACCUCUUUGCUGGCACCAGCGGCGGGGGUCUGCUAGCUCUCAUGCUCACAGCGCCCCACAGGGAGACAGGGCGACCGGCCAUCAGGGCUCAGGACGUGGCAGGCUUCUGGACGCUGCACUCCAAGCACAUCUUCAGGAGGAGGUUCUGGCCCCGAUGGGCUGCCACCCUAAGAAACAUAUGGCGCCCCAAGUACAAGGUGGAGGUUUUAGAGCAGCUUCUGCGUCAUUUCCUCAGGCAGCACUGUGGCGCGGCGGACCUCUGCCUAUCAGAGGCCGUCAAGCCCCUCCUGCUGACGUCAUAUGACAUCAGCGCCGCCCGGCCGUACUUCUUCCUCAGCCUAAGGGCUUUGUCCGACUCGAGCCACGACUUCCCGCUCAUCCAGGCAUGCAGAGCCACGUCAGCAGCUCCCAGCAUCUUCAUGCCGGCACUCGUUCAAUCAGUGGAUGGGCGGAGGGAGAUGGUGUGUGUGGAUGGGGGCAUGGUGGCUAAUAACCCUACUGUAGCAGCAUUCCUUCACAUAGUCGCCAACCCGUCCACCUUCAAACCUCCCGGAGAAAACAACGAAAUUGGUGCAACCACUGGCGCAAACAUCGGUGCGAGCAAUGGUGCUAGCAACAAACCAAGCAGCGCUGCAAGCAACGGAGCAGGUUCUGCCGAUGUUGGGGAGAUGAGAGGUGGGGGGAUCAAGGCAUCAUCUGCAGCACCUGUUGCCGCAGUUCAUGCGUUGUCUUCGGCACCUGCUGCUGCUGCAAAUAGCUUUUCGCAGGCAGCGGCAGGGCGUGGAGAAAUCUCACCUGCGGCAGCAAUGGUUGGUGCAGCAUCUGCUGAUGCGGCCUGCCUGCUGGCUGGAGAUAUGGAGGAGGCAGCAGAGGUGGGUGCGAACCCACUGCUGCAUGAUGCGAUGCAGAAGAAAAGAGGAGGGAAGGGGGCGAUGGCUCGUGCAGCAUCUGCUGAUGCGAGCUGCCUGCUGGCUGGAGAUCUGGAGAAGGCAGCAGAGGUGGGGGCAAGCCCGCUGCUUUGUGGUGCUGUGGGGAAGAGGAAAGAGGGGGAGGAAGCAGGAGUGGAGAGAGGGGGAGGAAAAGCAGGAGCAGAGAGAGUGGGAGGGGAAAGAGGGGCAGGGAGCAGGGGAGGGGCGGAGGGAAGGCGAGGAGGAGGGAAAGAAGGAGGGGGAGGAGGGAAAGGAGGAGAGGAAGAGUUUGAAGGAUUCGCAGAGAGUAGAGGAGGGGAAGAGAAAGGAGGGCAAAGAGGAGCAGUUACCGCGGGAGAGGAAGCAGCAGGCAGCAGCGAGUUGUGUGGGGAGACUCUGUCUGGAGCUCGGUUGACAUUCCGAGAUUUGGUGGUGCUGUCACUGGGAGCAGGGGAGCACAAGCGGCGAUACUCUAUUGAUGACGUCAAAAAGUGGGGGCUCAUCGGAUGGGCAGAGCCGAUGGUGGAUGUGAUGGUGUGGGGCGGAGGCAACAUGGUGCAUGCUCAGAUGUGCCUGCUGGCCUUGGCGGAUGGGGCUAUUGACAACUACACACGCAUUGAGGUGCAAUCCCUGCCGUCCAUCUCGACCAGGAUGGACAAUGCAUCUCGGAGGAACAUCCAGCUGCUGCAGCGAGUGGCAGAGGACGCUCUUAAAGCCCACGGCAACGUCGUCCCCUCGCUAGCGGGGGAGGUCUGCCAGCUGGCGCCCACCAAUGAGGAGCGGCUCGCUGUGCUGGCGGAUAGGCUGGUGGCGGAGUACAGGUGGCGGCGUGGGAUUGGAGGCUGA